AUGCCUAUCGACCUUGAUAAUAUCAGCUUCUAUUCUCAUCCGCCUACCAAGCACUCCUCCUCGUCUAUUACUCCGGCUUCUUGUUGGACGACGUAUCAGACUCCAAUAGCACCUUAUACCCUUCCAUUUAUCCCACCCUCUGUAGGAAUCCAAAAUCCCACGAGAGACACUGCGGCUCCAAAUGCCGGCAGUAAAUUUGAUCUCGAAAUAGGCAGAGUUAUGCGAGAAAACGGCCUGGGCGUGCACAACGUGAACUAUGAUAUGCAUCUCGACUCGGGGGUCCAAUCCGAGACCGAGAAACCUCGAAGCGAGCAACCAUCGUUGACAAGUGGGUGCUGCGAUCGUGAUCUUGUGGUUCCCCUUCUAUUUCUAACUCUAUCAGAAGUACCCAUCUCCUCACCCGUCUCCUCGACUCUGGCCCCAAGUGACUUACCCACAUGGCGCCGAGACAGUGUCUUUUCGCUAGGAGGUUACCAUGAGCCGCACCCGGCUCCUGCUUUAUCACAAGUCGGCUCGACUUGUCUUCAUAUCUCGCCGCCGCCUUCGCUGGAUAUGCCAGCACAGCCCAGCAUGGAUAGCACGAAUCAGGAGGAAUCCAAGGUGGACGACACCGACUCAAGACCCGAAAACCGGCAAGAUCGGAUGGAGGUUUUAGAGAGUGGGAUGAAGACACAAAGGUUCCAGGCCGAGGGAUCCUCAAGCAGCGAGGCAUGUCCGGACAAGGGUACCGCAGGUGGUUCCAUCGAGAAAACGCAGACCCCUGCAUCUCCCAGUCGACACCGCGAACUUGUCGAGUCAAAGAAUCAGAAGCCCCUUCGGCUAGAACUCGCUCCCUUCGUCCACGACAAAAUGCGGAGUUUGGGCGGUCGAAAAGAUUACAAGCCAUUAGCGUGGUUGUCCCUGCUAGUCGAAGCGACGACGUUGCUGGAGGCGCCAACGCGAGUCCUUCAGCCAGAUCGCGACACUGCGAUCGUGGAGGCGGCAACGGCCGUAACAAGAAUCGCCGAAAACGGGCCGAGGUCGUCCCGGAAAGAUGACGGCUAUAGUCUAUCCUCCAAAUGUUGUUCAGCAUCUAUCCCAGGUGACACACAAGAGAUCUAUGGCCGUGGAAUCCUCCGUAUGCAAGCCCACGGUCCUCGGCAAGUUUAUUUCAUGACAUUCCUUCCAGACGUUUCUCACCACCCACCCAUGGCGUCUUCAGCCGAGUCUCCAUUCCAUGACGAAUCCUCUGAGAAUAAAUCUUCGAAGCCAGGGGUACAAAAGGAGCAUCGCAAGCGAAUUUUAUCCCCGGGGUGUGACGACGGAGAGGCAUGGUCGAACAGGUCUUCGCCGAGCUUUUCGCCGAGCUUGGCGCCGAGCUCCCAAUCCGGUCGCAGCAGUGCAAAACCAAAGACCAGCAGGCGUGUGCGGUGGUCGCCUGAAGAGAAAAAACUUCUACGAGAGCUCAAGCGAGAUGGAAGUCGACCGUGGUCUGAACGUGGUCAAGAAUCGAUCUGUAUCUACCACCCAGCUCCUCUUAGCCAGAGACUAGGCUUGGCUACAGAAGACAGAUCUUCUCGUGCUUUCCGAACGCCUGGGACCUCAUCGUAUUAUGCCCGACCGCGGUGUCAUUCAGUACCUGCCAGCAAACUAUCGGUGUUUAAGGCAAAUACCAAGUACCAUCCUGCACGAAAAGUGAAUGACUUCCUUCUCGAGGCGACUCGCGAACGUGUUACGGAUUCGAACGCAACCCUGUUCAGUACUCAGGGUGAGUCUAUUUAUGGCGAUCAGAUUGCGCUCGUUGCGGAGAUUCUCCAAGUGCUGCGUGACUUCAACACUAUACGUAACUUGCUGGCCACGUACUAUUCCACAAGCCAAGCAUCAAUCAUACCAAGCCAAUUGAUUCUAUCUGCACUGCCUUCGCUUUCGGAAUCUGUCCUUUCUCUUUCCAACGGCGAAGGGGAAGGCAACGAUCAGCUUUCUCGUCUCGCUGAAGAAGUCCUUAUCUCGACUUCCUCCCAGAUCAAUGUUACAGCCCUAAUGAGCCCGUCUGAGUUUAUGCAUCUAUAUACAGGGGAGAAUCUACGCCUCGAAUUCCUUGGUGUUGUUUUCUCAGUUGCUGCACGGUCGUGUCUGAUCGGACUGGCACAGGAAGGGGAGCAACUGGAUGCCUUCGCUCGAGAUCUGUAUUGCUGUAGCACCAAUUGCCUUCGCCUCGCUCGGGAACUCACUCCAUUGAAUGACAUGCUGGUCUGGUUGGGACAAGAUCAUUUGAUGCUCACAGCGUGUAUAGAGGGAGAUUCGAGUAAGUAA